CGUACACCGUGUGUCCUCACCUCUUCAAGCCUGCAACUACCGCAUCUACUUCCCACGUCAUCAUCCUCUUCAAUAUAUGAACCCGUACCGUACUCCACUGCUUUCUUCCAUUUUGAAUUUCGAAACACACAAAAUAUCAGAGGACGCAGACAGCUUGACUUUGACAAUCCCCAAAUUUCCCCAAGCUGCAGCUGCGCAUCGCAACCUCCGCUCUCUCCUAAACCCCCUCUCUCCAAUGGCCGGCUACCCGCCAAAUCCCGGCUCCGGCUACCCCUACGGCGGCGCCGGCGGCUACGGCGCCCCGCCACCGCCGUACGGCUCCUCCCCCGCCCCCUCCGCCCCGCCGUACGGCGCGAAGCCUCCCAAGGAAGGUAAGACCUCCUCCUCUUCCGCCCCUUACUACGGCGGCGGAGGCGGCUACGGUGCCCCGCCAUCCACCCAGCCCUACGGCAGCGGAGGCGGCUACGGCGCCCCGCCCUCCAGCCAGCCGUACGGCGCGCCGUACGGGGCCCCGCCGCCCUCGUCGGCGCCCUACGGGGCGCCCGGCGGGUACGGCAGCCCGUUCGCGUCGCUGGUGCCGUCGGCGUUCCCGCCCGGGACGGAUCCCAACGUGGUGGCGUGCUUCCAGGCGGCGGACCGCGACGGCAGCGGGAUGAUCGACGACAAGGAGCUGCAGUCCGCGCUGUCCGGGUACAGCCAGAGCUUCAGCCUCCGCACCGUCCACCUCCUCAUGUACCUCUUCACCAACACCAACGUCCGCAAGAUUGGUCCCAAGGAAUUUACCUCUGUGUUUUACAGUCUUCAGAAUUGGAGGUCCAUUUUCGAGAGGUUUGAUCGUGACCGAAGUGGUAAAAUUGAUGCAACAGAAUUGCGUGAUGCUCUUCUCAGUCUGGGAUAUUCAGUUUCUCCAACUGUGCUAGACUUGCUUGUGUCAAAGUUUGACAAGACUGGGGGCAAGAACAAAGCCAUUGAAUAUGAUAACUUCAUUGAAUGCUGCCUCACAGUUAAGGGUCUGACUGAGAAGUUCAAGGAAAAAGACACAGCCUUCUCGGGCUCUGCGACUUUUACUUACGAGGCUUUCAUGCUGACUGUACUCCCUUUUCUCAUUGCAUAAAAUGGCAGUGUGCUGCACAGUCGACCUUUCAGGAGACCAUGCCCAUUGUGUUGAAACGGUUCUGUAACGUGUGUUCAUCGACUUGUUUUUAACUGAGUUUAUUGUUUGGAUUUGAAAUGAUACAAGUGCUUCCCUGAUCGGGCAUGUUACAAGUUACAACGCUCAUGUAUGUGAGGAUAUAUAGCUCCGAAAAUGAUGUCAUGACUCUUCCGAUAGACAUCACAUAUCGAUCAGCCGACAAAUUCAAUGCA